UGUUUAGUUGUCCGAAAAUGUCGGAAACAUUAACUUGCUUGACCAUGCUGUAGGUCAUGUAACGCCUACGCAGUUUGGAGUCCACGGGGGUGCAAAACGAGUGCGCCCAUGAGAUGAGAAAGAAAACUAGGGAAUGGUCAACAUGUACUUCUUCACCCUACAAUCUAAAGGGUGAUGACAGGUUUGAAUGAAAUAAAAACUGAGGAAGAACAUGGUUGAGUAGGCCCUUUAUUCAUGGGGAUUUAAAAGGACAGAAGGCGGCAGUUGUGGCUGUGCAUGUAUUCUGGAAUACAUUUGACUAGCUUAUGAUCAUUGCCGAAACAAUUGCAUUUUUCUAUUCAAGAAAUGUUAGGCCUACAUGAAAAACGAUACUUUCAGCGGUGGUAUCAUCUUUUUUUUCCUUUUAAGUUUUUGUUGUUGGAACGAUUUCUUGAAGAAUAAAUAGGCUUAUAGGCUGGCUAAAUGCAUGACAAGCCGAGGGGUGUGUGUCACUUUAAGAACUUGAAUGGAAAAGUAAAGAAGGGUUUGUAUAACAGGGCAUACUAGAGAAUCAAAAGUGAAAGUAUAGUGAUCCUAUGCGGUGCAAUAGCCUCAACUUUAUAUUUGGCUGUACUUCCAACAGAUACCGACUAUGGAACUAGAAGAGAUCACUUUUUCUGGCUGGACUGCGAUUGAGGAGAAGAAGCUCCAUGCAGGCGAGAAGCCCAAAGACGAGAAAGUUUACACCAUGUACCAUGGCACGUAUCUCAAGUAUGUCCAGCGUAUUAUCACCAGUGGGUUCCAACGCUCCAGCGAUGGGAUGUUGGGGCCAGGGGUCUACGUGAGCCGUAAUAUCGACAAAGCAAAGUGUUACCCGCUGAAUGCUGACAAAAACGAAGCGAUAGUGUUGAAGUUAAAGGUGCGGGUUGGCAAGGUGAAGAAGAUCGACAUUGAUAACCAUCCGCUUCAGAAGUCAUGGCACCAGCACGGUUACGACAGUUGCUGGGUGCCACCAAACUGUGGCGUUACUGCUAUUAAAUCUGGCCGUGAAGAGGAUUGCGUCUGGGAUCCCGCCCGGAUUGUGGUGGUGGAUGUGGCCUGCUGUCUGGACGAUAAAAGGCGCUGGGACCUCCGAAAGCAAAUACGCGGCAUGAAUAACCAUGGCGCAAAGGAUGGGUGCAGCCAGUGCCACCAGAAUACCUCAAACACUGGGUCUCACCCUGUCCAAAGCUGCUGGGAAUGCACGAAACAGAUUUGCCCCUUUCAGAAGAAGCAUGUGUGCAACAAGUAACAAGGCUACUUGCACAAACAACUAGUCCUACUUUGCGUGGCCUGUCUCGCUUUUGACCCAUCACCCAAUGUGACCUUGCAUACCAUAUCAAAUUAAGCUGGUUGUCGAUGUCAUGUUUUAAUGUAUUUUGUGUAAUCAUUGCAACCUAAUUGUAUUGGAAUCGAAUUUGUUAACUGACUUGCCUGGUUAAAUAAAGGUUCAAUUGUAUUUGA